ACCCCAAUCCCUCACAAAUACACUUCACAUAUCAAUGGCUCUCUCAAAGCAUGUCAAUCCCGACAGACUCAUUCAGGAAUCAAGAGACAAAAAAAAUCAUCACCAUAGUCUUACGAAAAGUGACCCAAACAAAGUGACCCAUCCGUAUGGUGCCCGCUACGGAACGGCCUCCAUUCCAAAGUUCCACAUUCCUUCCAAAGGCACAGAUGCCCAAUCCGCGUACCAGCUCAUUCAUGACGAGCUCAGUCUCGAUGGAUCUCCCAGUCUCAACCUUGCGUCCUUCGUUCACACAUGGAUGCCUGAUCCUGCUAACAAACUCAUGAUGGAAAAUAUGUCCAAAAAUUUGAUUGACCAGGACGAAUAUCCCAUGACCCAACUCAUUCACACUCGCUGCAUUAACAUUCUCGCUGAUCUGUGGCAUGCGCCACAUAGCCAUGAGGCCGUAGGGACUGCCACAACAGGCUCCUCUGAAGCAAUACAACUCGGAGGUCUCGCCAUGAAGCGUAUCUGGCAAGAGAAACGAAAAGCUGCUGGAAAGUCUAUCCAUGAACCCGGCCCAAACAUUGUCAUGGGGGCUAAUGCUCAGGUCGCCCUUGAGAAAUUUGCUCGCUAUUUCGAGGUAGAGUGUCGCCUGGUCCCUGUGAGCGUCGAGAGCAAGUACAGGCUCGACCCUAAAAAAGCAAUGGAAUAUGUCGAUGAGAACACAAUUGGUGUCUACGUUAUCCUCGGGAGCACGUACACUGGUCAUUACGAACCUGUUAAGGAGAUGUCCGACCUUUUGGAUGAAUACGAGAAACAAUCGGGUAUUAAUGUACCCAUUCACGUUGAUGGUGCUUCAGGCGCAUUUGUCGCACCAUUUGCGUCACCCAAGCUGCUUUGGGACUUUAAGCUUCCUCGUGUCAUAUCUAUCAACACAUCGGGACAUAAAUUCGGUCUUGCGUAUGUUGGUGUCGGAUUUGUAAUAUGGCGGUCAAAACAAUACCUGCCUAAAGACCUCAUCUUCGAGCUGCAUUACCUUGGGUCUGUGGAAUAUUCUUUUUCACUGAACUUCUCCAGGCCCGCCGCACCGAUCAUUGCGCAGUACUUCAAUUUCUUGCACCUAGGAUUCGAAGGCUACCGUGCAGUAGCGUUGGACGACCUUAAGAAUGCCCGUGUAUUGAGUCGUGCCCUGGAAAGGACCGGGUGGUACACGGUCUUGAGUGACAUUCACAGAGUGAAAGACGCGGGUUUGCUGGCGAAGGGAGCGAAGCAAGCUAUAGGAUUUGACGAGGAGAACGCGGAGGAGGAUGGGCUGCCAGUCGUCUCGUUCCGCUUCUCGGACGAUUUCCAAGCUAAGUAUGCUGACAUACAGCAAAAGUGGAUCCAGACGCUCUUACGUUCUAAAGGAUGGAUUGUCCCAAAUUAUGAGCUUGCACCCGACCUUGAACAUGUACAGAUCUUGCGUGUGGUAGUUAGAGAGAAUAUGUCCGAGGCUCUUGUUGAUCGGCUCGUGGCAGACAUCGUUGAAAUUACUGAAGAUCUAACCAAACGUGCAUCGUCCACGCAUGCUCUUGACUUACUUGGGUCACACAGUCAAAGCACAUCUGCGAAAUCUCAUGAAGGAAAAAUGGAAGAAGGUUCUGCGUCAGAGUAUUCUGGUACCUACGCCAAAACCUGUUAGAUCAUGUGUCGCUGCGAUAAAACAGUGGGAAUUUGGAGACGAACUGAUUCAGUAAAAAGAGCAUAUAAUGUAUCAUCAGCAGCUAUGUAGGAAUUUACGCGUGUACGAUAUGUUGGGAAUCUCAAUCCAAAUCUAUUGAAAACGUCAAGUUUAGUGGUACG